CAGUCUCCUAAGGGAGCUAACUCAUUCGCUUUUUAUGUAAACAAAGAAAAAGACGAACCUCAAGUAUGUCUGUUUUUGAUAGUCUUUGUUGAACGAUUGCAUCAAUGGCAAUAGUAACUCAGUUCUUAAUAUACAAAUGUAAGCAGAACAUAAAAUGGCUGGUGGUGUGUUUCAUGUUGAGUUUGGCAUCAAUGAAACCUCUUUAACUAGAGCCUUAGAAAGUGGCAGCUAUGGUGCAGCAGAAAGAUUGAUUAGAGAGAAUAUUAAUCCAUCUUAUUUAGAUGAAGGUUGUUAUCAGAGAACACCUUUAUUUAUAUGUUUAUGUGGUACAGAUGAGGAACAAACCAAAGUUCGACCCCGCCAUUUGUACCUCGCCAAACUGUUAGUAGAGAGAGGGGUAAAUGUUAAUCUUCGAGUGCCAACAACAUAUUUUGGAAGUGAAUAUGAAGGACCAGGAAAAACUGCUUUAGAACUACUAACUGAUUUUUAUAAUGAUUUGACAAAAACUCCUAAUCUCCAUAGCAAUCAGAUAUGGUCAGGUUACCACAGUACAUGGGAUCCACAUGUAGAUCUGGUCAUAGGAUUAAAUAAACAAUAUCUGACCACACCAGAGGACGUUAUAGAACAUGUGGAGGAUCUUAUCUUUGUCAUACUGAGUAAUGGUGGUGAUCCAAACAUUCAUGAUGUAAGUAAACUUACACCUCUACACAAAACAGCUAUAUAUAGCCAUGAUGAUAGACUGUUACGAUUAUUAUGUGAGAAUGGUGCUAAUAUCAAUGCUGUCGAUCGGAAAGGGAAUUCCCCAUUAUUAUCUAUGUGUGAUACCUCAUGUACAGAUAUGUAUGAGUACUUAGAAGAUCUUUCACUGUGUAGUGACGACACACUAGAGGACAAUAGUGCAAGUUUGUGUGUGAAACAAGAUUUCCUCAGUUACAUGUUGUCUAUCAAAGAUACAGAGGUCAAUAUUCAAAACAGUCGUGGUCAGACAGCUUUAUUCCACUGUGUGAUAAGAGGGGAUAUCAAUGCUUGUAACAAACUGCUGAAGAAAGGUGCUAAUGCUGCCCUCAGGGGUACUGUGUGGGAGACACGCAAACAAAAAAGAAAAAUGUCACCAAUUUUUGCAAGUUUUUUGUCCAUUCCAAUACAACGAUCAUUAAACUGGAGAAAUCUACAUAGUGAACUUGCAUCAGCUCCUCACCAGUAUGGUCAUCUAGUAGAUAUGGGUUACUUUAACAGGAAGGAAAUUGUAGAAGAAAUGUCAGAAUAUUUGGAGAAUGAUUUCCCAGAGUUUCUUCAUUUAAGAUCUGUAUGUGACAAACUUGUGAACUGCAUGUUUGGUCGAACUACUUCUACCCUACAACAAACUGCUACACGGGUAAUUUUCAAACAGUGUUUUCUUGGAAAAACUUGCUCAAUAACCCAAUUAAUGCCAGCAGACACACUAAAACAAAGAUUCGCUGAUGCAGAUCUGAGUAACUUAGAUGUUUAUGAUGAAUAUAUCAAUUUUGUGCUAAAUAAAACGGUUCUAAGAGCAUUAGUUGAUAAACUGAAUCUUCCUCAUGACUCCAUUUUGAGUUUUGAAAUUGAGCUACUACUGCAUCAGAUGGCAAGUCGUUUUGGAGCUUGUAAAGUUCUGCCACCAGAGAACAUGUUCAAUGGAGAAAGUGAUAGUAGUGUUAGUAGUGAUGAUAGUAAUAAUUCCUCGUUCAGUCCUGAUGAAGGGGACUCAGAUUUAGAAUACUGGUGAAGUGACUAGAAAACUAAUGAUACAUUGAUAAAGAACUGUGGAUUUAUUUAUUUUUCAUGGUUACCAAUUUUCAUGGAUUGGGGAAAGAUUUGUUUCCAUAAAGACUUCGAGUUCAGGGUUUUGUAUAGUUUGCACACAAAUCUAUCAGGAAUUUUUACUUUGUCAAACACGUAAAUUCAUGAUUCUACUAUCCUCAUGAAUCCAUGGAAAUUGGUACUCUAUGAAUACUCAUGAAUCCACAGAAGUGAUACAUUUGUGAGAUGUGUUUAUGCUAGUGGAGAUAUUUGGUUAUGAUUUUAAGUUUGACUGUAACAUUACAAUUUUCUCUGUGAUACUAUUUUAAUUAUGUUAUGUAGUUGUGAUAAUAUUCUACUCUUUUGUUCUGUGAUGUCAUUUUCAUUGUUAUUAAAAUCAUUUCAUCUCUCGAUACAGACUAUAUUAUAGUGCUUGAAAAUAUAAAGAAACUUCAUUAGAAUGCAAAUAAAAUACAGAUAAAAUCCCUACCUAUCAAAAUUGAUAUUUAUAAGAAUUUCUUAUAGAUUUCAGGUCUUAUAUUCUAGAAAUUGGUGUUUUUUUUUGCCUUUACUAAUUGCCUCUUUAUAUGCUACUAUUUUUAAUUCAUGUAAUUAACAACAAUAAUUGAACCAUCAAUUUUGUAGUGUAACCUUGGAAAUUUGACCUCACCUUGUAGUGAUUGAAAUUUAUUGAAAUGACACAUUCCCCAUUUCCAUUCUCAAUUUUAUUCUGAAAUUCUGGCUUAUAAAGUCAUUAUAAAAAACAAAAAUGCAAUUAUUCUAUUUUUACUUGCAUGGUCAUACUUUAUAUAUCUUUGUUACAAAGGAAGAUUUAUUGUUACUUUUUUCAUCCAUGCAUCCAUAGCACUUGUCUAUCCAUUUGACUUAUUUCAUUUUCAUCACCGCUUCAUGAUAUACAGUAUUGUACUACAUUUGUAUUGUUAUUGCGAAUCCUAUCAAGUUUUCCACAGAUUCACCUGCAAGUUACCUGUCGAUUGAAACUUUUGUGAGUUCUAUUGUCCAAUCUAACAAAUACAACAGGUAUUGUUCUCUGUGUAGUUUAUUCAAUGGGAACUUUAAAUUUCAUGCAAGAGAAAUCUAUCACUCACUGAUUAAUUUACCUGAACAAAAAAUUAAACUGUCAAUGAUGGAAAUACAUGUACAAAUAAGUAAUUAUAAAACUGCAUUUGAUGUUGUAUUUAUUCAAUCAAUAACAAAUUUUCAAUUUGUUUAAUAUAAACACUAGUUUAAAAGUUAAAAGUUGAUUUCUGAUCAAAUUUCAACAUUUUACCUAUUGAAAUUUGCCAUUUUUUAGUCUGUUCACAAAUAAAACUUGAAAUGAUAAUGUUUAAAUAAAGGUCUUCAUAAAUGUAUUCUUUAUAACUGAAGAACCACAAAAAACAUGUAGAUUCUCUGAAACAUAAAUGCAUGCAGUAGUUAAAAAAAAAUAGAAAUAAACUUUUUG